AAGGGAGUUUCAAAGUUGGAAAGCAGUGUUCCGAUCCACGCCGGAGUUUUAAGCCCGUUUUUCAUUGUCGGAAUUGGAUAUCGCCGUCGUAUUUUGAAACGGCGGCCCGUGCGGUGAUGCUGCUGUCCCUUUAAGAGGACAUCAAAGCCGAUUAGCGCUCAUCCCGCCCUCCCGCCUUUAGCGUCAUUUGGUUGUAUUCCCAAACGGAACCCUCUUCUCCUUCGCCGUGUAUUCAUUCCCACUCGGACCACCCUCCCCCCCCAAAAAAAAGUCGGGUGGGUACCCGGCCGGCUCGUCGCCCGGAUUCCCGCGACGGAGUCAUGACGCGCGCCCUCGCUCUCGCCCUCGGUUGCGCGCCCUCGCCGGGACGACGUGCGAGCUCGAGCGAGUGAAGCGCGCCGCCGCGCGCGCGCACGUCGCGUCCCAUCCCGUCCAGGUGCGUCCAGAUGCAGAAGAGCGUGCGCUACAACGAGGGCCACGCGCUGCACCUGGCCCUGGCCGCGCGCAAGGAGGGUGCCAAGCGGGGCCUGGUCGGCAAGCGCAGCUCGGAGAACGUCCGCUGGACGGACAAGUUCUUCGCGCUCUACCAGAAUCUUCUUUUCUACUUCGACAACGAACAGAGCGCGCGGCCGUCCGGCAUGUACCUGCUGGAAGGAUGCACGUGCGAGCGCGCCCCCGCCCCCAAAGUGGCCUCGGUCAGCGGCAGCAGGGACGCCCCCGAGAAGAUGCAGUACUACUUCCUGGUGAUGUUCGGCCAUGAUGGGCAAAAGCCUCUGGAGCUACGUACUGAAGAGGAAGCCGACUGCAACGAAUGGGUGGACUGCAUACAACAGGCUAGCUACUCAGACCUGAUCUUGGAGCGGGAGAUCCUCAUGCAGAAGUACAUCCACCUGGUCCAGAUCAUGGAGACCGAGAAGAUCGCAGCCAAUCAGCUACGCACGCAACUGGAGGACCAGGACACCGAGAUCGAGAGGCUAAAGGCCGAGAUCGUGCUGCUCAACAGGACCAAAGACCGCACGCCGCCGAACCAGAACACCCUGGACGAGGAGGACCCCGACAUCAAAAAGAUCAAGAAGGUGCAGAGCUUCAUGCGCGGUUGGCUAUGCCGGAGGAAGUGGAAGCUAAUCGUUCAGGACUACAUCUGCUCGCCGCACGCCGAAAGCAUGCGCAAGCGCAACCACAUCGUCUUCAACAUGGUGGAGGCCGAGACGGAGUACGUUAACCAGCUGUCCGUCCUGGUCAACUGCUUCCUGCGUCCGCUGCGCAUGGCCGCCAGCUCCAAGAAGCCGCCCGUCAGCCACCACGACGUCAGCAGCAUCUUCCUCAACAGCGAGACCAUCAUGUUCCUGCACCAGAUCUUCCACCAGGGCCUGAACGCUCGCAUGGCCAACUGGCCUACGCUGGUCCUUGCGGACCUUUUUGACAUUCUCCUUCCGAUGCUGAACAUCUACCAGGAGUUUGUGCGCAACCACCAGUACAGCCUUAAUGUUCUAGCCAACUGCAAGCAGAACCGAGACUUCGACAAGCUGCUCAAGCAAUACGAGGCCAACGCCGCGUGUGAGGGCCGCAUGCUGGAGACAUUCCUCACCUACCCCAUGUUCCAGAUUCCUCGUUACAUCAUCACCCUCCACGAGUUGCUCGCGCACACGCCGCACGAACACGUGGAGAGAAAUAGUUUAAACUUUGCCAAGUCCAAACUGGAAGAGCUCUCAAAGAUGAUGCACGACGAGGUGAGCGACACGGAGAACAUCCGCAAGAACCUGGCCAUCGAGAGGAUGAUCGUGGAGGGCUGCGACAUCCUGCUGGACACCAGUCAGACUUUCGUUCGACAGGGUUCACUCAUCCAGCUACCGUCCAGUAGCGAGCGCGGCAUGCUGAGUAAAGUGCGUCUGGGUUCGCUAUCGCUGCGCAAGGAAGGCGAGCGCCAGUGCUUCCUGUUCACCAAACACUUCCUCAUCUGCACCAGAACGUCCGGAGGGAAGCUGCACUUGCUGAAGCAAGGAGGCACGUUGUCGCUGAUGGAAUGCACGCUGAUCGAGGAACUGGACGCCGGCGACGAGGACUACAACGCGGCAGGUCAAGGCUUCAGCCAUUUGGAGUUCAAAAUGGUGGUGGAGCCUCCCGACGGGCAGACGUUUUCGGUGGUCCUGCUCGCUCCCUCGCGCCAGGAGAAGGCGGCCUGGACCAGCGACAUCAGCCAGUGCAUCGAUAACAUCCGCUGCAACGGGUUGAUGACCAGCGUCUUUGAGGAAAACUCCAAAGUUUCUGUGCCGCACAUGAUUAAGUCGGACGCCCGCCUGCACAAGGACGACGUGGACAUCUGCUUCAGCAAGACGCUCAACUCGUGCAAAGUGCCGCAGAUCCGCUACGCCAGCGUGGAGCGGCUGCUGGAGCGCCUGACCGACCUACGCUUCCUCUCGAUCGACUUCCUCAACACCUUCCUGCACACCUACAGGAUUUUCACCACGGCCGCCGUCGUCAUCCGCAAGCUGGCGCACAUCUACCGCCAGCCCUUCACCUCCAUCCCCGUCAGGAUCGAGCAGCACUCGUGCGACCGUCUGUCCAUCAUGUCUCUAUGUCCCGACUACACUCUGAAGAUCACCCAGCUGGCUCUGGAUCAGUCCAAGUCUCUGGAGCUUUUCUUCGCCACCAACCAGGGCUCAUGGGGCAUGGAACCCCUGAACAACAAAUCCCCGCGCCUGUGUCGCAAGUUCUCAUCCCCGCCGCCUUUGUCCCUCCCGUCUCGCACUUCCUCGCCCGUCCACGUACGCAAAUUGUCCCUCAGCUCGCCAGUGGGCCCCAAAGUCCUGGACCUCCCCUCCACGCCGUCGUCCUCGGCCGCCAGCUCCCCAACCUCGGCGCACGGCCCGGGCCUGUUCACUUUGUCGUCGCCGCCCCCCCACACCGCCGCACCCUGCAGGACGCUGUUUGGCUUCUCGUCGUCGCCGCCGCCCACCAUUACCAAGGCCCCGUUGGAUCUCAGUCGAGGUCCCAGUUCGCCCGAGCUCAGCCCGGGUGGCGAGGACGUCGUCGGUGGCGAUCUGCCUCGCAUUGACGCCUUCUGCGGGAAACUGAGGAGAAGCAUCCGCCGAGCCGUACUGGAGACCGUGUCUCUGGACAAAUUUAUUCCGGAAUUUCCCGCCGCCGCCGGCACCAACAGCAACGAGUCCGGCGACGUGUCCCCGUGUCGCUCACCGUCCACGCCGCGACACUUGCGCUACCGCCCGGCAGGAGGGUGUUCAUCCGAGAACGCCCGGUGCGCUGUGUCGCCUGCGUCUGCUUUCGCCAUCGCCACCGCCGCCGCCGGACACGGCAGCUCCCAGGCAUUGGGCACCUCGGAGAAGUCCUGCGACAAAGAGUUCAUCAUCCGCAGAGCCGCCACCAACAGAGUUCUUAAUGUGCUGCGACAUUGGGUCUCCAAACACUCUCAGGACUUUGAGAGCAACAGCGAACUGAAGGUGGGCGUGGUCAGCCUCCUGGAGGAAGUCCUGCGGGAUCCGGACCUUCUGCCUCAGGAGAGGAAAGCCACCAGCAACAUUCUCAGGUUACCCCGCCACGUGCGCAUACGAACUUGGCUCGAUUCGAAAUUUAACCGGCGCCGCUUUGUCGUCAUCAGCGCUCUUUAUCAAGAAGAGCAAGACAACGCUCAGCUCAAGAUUGAAGACAUUCUGCAAAUGAAAAGUUGUCCACUUCUUCACUUCAUUGCGGCGGAGGGACCAAAGGCAGAGUGUUUAGAGUCCUUGUCUGCGAUGGAGCUGGCCGAGCAGAUCACGCUACUGGACCACAUCGUUUUCAGGAGCAUUCCUUACGAGGAGUUCCUUGGGCAAGGCUGGAUGAAGGUGGACAAGAUGGAGAAGACUCCUUAUAUCAUGAAAACCAGCCAGCACUUUAACAAUAUGAGCAACCUGGUGGCGUCGCAGAUCAUGACGCACGGCGACGUAGCCUCCCGGGCGGGUGCCAUCGAGAAGUGGUUGGCUGUGGCGGACAUCUGCCGCUGCCUCAACAACUACAACGGCGUCCUGGAGAUCACCUCGGCGCUCAACCGCAGCGCCGUCUUCCGCCUCAAGAAGACGUGGGCCAAAGUCUGCAAGCAGACAAAGGCGCUGAUGGAUCGUCUGCAGAGGACGGUCUCGUCUGAAGGACGCUUCAAGAACCUCCGAGAGACGCUGAAAAACUGUAACCCGCCGUGCGUGCCCUACCUUGGCAUGUACCUUACCGACCUGGCUUUCAUCGAGGAGGGGACGCCCAACUUCACAGAGGAAGGUCUGGUUAACUUCUCCAAGAUGAGGAUGAUCUGUCACAUCAUCCGAGAGAUCCGGCAGUUCCAGCAAGCUCCUUACAGGAUUGAGCACCAGGCCAAGGUGACUCACUUCCUACUGGACAAGACACAAGUGAUGGAUGAAGAUGCGCUGUACGAGCUUUCGCUGAAGAUUGAACCGCGCAUACCGCCGAGCUAAGCUAACACUAAUUGGCUCGCCUCCGACCGUUUCCUAUGCUAGCUUGUUAGCACAAGCAGAAGACAGGCUAAUCCCCGCUAAUUUGGAUCAGGUGAGGCUUUCGUGUCCUGUGCCUCUGAUUUCCUUCCAUCAAUGCAAAAAAAAUAAGUAAAGUAAAUGGCUCGGAUCGUGUAUGAAUGGACCGAUCCAGUUCUACUGGUUAACAUGGGUACCGAUUACUCGGGUGACAUCACUUCAGGUGUGGGAUGUCGUUAGCCGUUCAGGCUCACUGGUUAGCAUGUUAGCUUGAGUGUCACGCUGUAAGGAUCUACUGGAUCACAGUGUAACAGCAAUUUCUGUAUGCAGUGGAUCCGCUGGAUCGUGUCCUGACAUUACUUUCUGCACGGAGUGUCUUCUUAAUCCAUGUCACUUCCUGUUUUCCGUGAAUCCACUGGAUCAGUCUUUUGAAUCCAGUUCAGAGCACUGUGAAACUUUCCAUACGUUUUGGGUGCACUAAAGUUCACCGUGUCCUCAUUUUUUGUAUCCAGUGCAUCCACUGUACCAUACUGUGAUGUCACUUCCUGUACGAAGUGGAUCUAGAUAGGACAAUGUGACAUCACUUCCUGUGGUCAGAAAAGCCACCGGAUCACACUUUGAAGACUUCAUCCAAAAGUGAAUGCGCUCGAUCUCACCGUGAAAUCUCUUCCUAUACGGAGUGGAUCCACGGGAUCAUAUUUUGAAAUCACUUUCCUGAAAAGUGGAAGCAGUAGAUCACACUGUGACAUCACUUCCUGUACGUCAAUGCCACACGCUUAUUUCAAGUGUGUGUUUUGUUCGCGGCAAGUUCGUUAGCUGCUCUUUUGUACACAAACCUUUGAACAAUGGACAAGUUUGCUCUUUUUUUAAAAAAGAGAAUUGACCGAAAAAUGUUUUGUUUUUUUACAUAAAACGACAAUCAUACGUGAUGUUCCAACAGUAUUAUUUAUUAUUAGUCAUAUUUGAAAGUUAGCUCUGUGUUAUAUUUAGUUUUUUCUGGGGUGUCUUCUUUGAGAUUAACACCUUUGCACUAUGUUGUCAUUUCAUCUCCCUGUGGUUCGACUGUGAGAAAUAAUUUCUUGUUGAUACUUAUUUAGGUUUUCUUUCUUAUUAGCGCCUCUUAUGUUUUUGUACAGUUUUUUGUUGUUGUUGUUUUUUUUGGUUUCCAUUC